UAUCUCAGAGUCUUACACACCAAAACGCCAAUCAUGCAGAUCUUUGGUCUAUUAUUCUCUGUGUUGAUGUUGUUCUUAAUUUCCGAACUUCAAGCUGACAUUGGAGACGAUGCCCAGAAAGCAACUGAUGUUGUAAAGGCGGGAAUUGAAGCUACUGUAGCCAUUACCGACAUCAUCGAGGGUGUCCAAGUUCUAACUAAAUUCUCAACAAUGCUUGGCAAAGUAAAUCCGUAUCUAGCUGCCAUUGGACCCGUUAUGGAUAUCAUAACCAUAUUUCUGCCGAAACAAGAGGAUCCAACUUUAACCUUCUUAAAAACGAAAUUUUCAGAAGUAGAUUCUAAGUUCAGAAAUAUGGAAAGACUUUUCGACCAAGUAACUAAUCUGAUUAAAUCAAAAGCCCUGAAAACGCAGUUUUCCGGAAUUGAACAAAGUGUUAAGGUUUUGUCAUAUCGACUUAAUAUGUUAAUGAAAGCUCCUAAAGAUGCUGUCAAUGGACAAAAGUCGCGCUUCAUUAAGGAUUUCGAGGUCAGUUAUCAAAGUGCAGCGAAAAAAAUAUAUAACGGCAUUAUGACCAAGCAGCACUUUACAGACAACAUUCCAGACGAAGCAAUGGCCUAUUCAAAUUACGAUCGUAGAAAGAUGCAGUCGGUAAUGGCUGGAUGUGUCGGGCUUCUUAUGACAGCUGUGAAGGUAAAUCUUGCCUACCUAGAGCUCACAAACAAUAGAGCAAACUAUGAAAUGGAAAAAAGAGAAUGGGAGAAAAACAUCAAAGACGUUCUACAGAAAGUAAAAGACGUGGAUCAGCAAGUCACUCAUGCCUGGGGAGAUCAGAAGUUUAAAGAUUUGAAACAGCUUUCUGCACAAUAUAGACACGAAAACCAUGAACAAUUUGCAAAGCGUUUAUUCAAUUUCUACUCAAAGAAAUAUUAUUGGAGGGAUUGGGUCGUCAUCGUCUACAAUGAAAUGGCGGAGAAUACUGGCACGAAUGGACAUGCUUUUGAUCUCUGUGGAGGAGACAAAUAUUUGCAAAAAGACGGAAGGAAUGUCUUAACAUCUAGCGUGCCAAAAGAAAGAAGCAAGAUGUACACAUACUAUUAUCAAAGACAAUUAAGCCAUAUUAGAACUGAGACAGUGGUUUGGGGGGUUCAUUACCCAUGGAAAGCAAUAUCUGUCUUGAAUCAAAUUAGACGGGUUAGCCAUUCUAAUGUGUGCAUGAAAGCUGUCAUUUCUGACCGACAAAAUAUACAUGCCAAAGGUUCCCAUGGUCGCUUAGUCGGCAAAUGGAAAUACUUUUAUAACAUGUACAUUUUCGGCUAAAGUACAAAAUGCAUAUCUGCUGUUUGCUGAAUAAAGUAC